AGAUUCGUCUGGGAAGACAGUAUGAAAAGGGGAGGAAUGAGACAGAAGCCACAGCAGAACUGAAUCGCCUGCUGAGCGAGGCUAACUCAGUUUCAUUGCUAAACAAGAUCACACCUUAAAAUUUGAUCCUUCCGAAGUUGAAGAUAAUGAGGACUCACCAUUGUCUUCCACUGAUCAUCUGGACUUGCAUGCUCCAUACAGUUGAUAACAGCCCAUUACAAGCAAAGGCUAACAGUCACUUAUUUCGGAAGAUGGUGAAUUUGACAAAAGAUGAUGGGAAAAUACUCCAUCGGACCAAGCGUGGCUGGAUGUGGAAUCAGUUCUUCUUGUUAGAAGAGUACACAGGUACAGACACUCAGUAUGUAGGAAAGCUUCACACUGACCAAGAUAAAGGAGAUGGAAAUUUAAAAUACAUCUUGACAGGCGAUGGGGCUGGCAAUCUGUUCGUUAUAGAUGAAAAUACAGGAGACAUUCAUGCUGCAAAGAAGUUAGACAGAGAAGAAAAAUCCCUGUACAUUCUUCGGGCCAAGGCUAUAGACAGAAAGACUGGGCGGCAAGUGGAGCCAGAAUCUGAAUUUAUCAUUAAAAUCCAUGAUAUCAAUGACAAUGAGCCAAAAUUCACAAAAGAUUUGUACACUGCCACUGUUCCUGAGAUGUCUGGAGUAGGCACAUCUGUUAUACAAGUGACUGCCACCGAUGCGGAUGAUGCCAACUAUGGGAACAGUGCUAAAGUGGUCUACAGCAUACUGCAAGGGCAGCCAUAUUUUUCAGUGGACCCAGAGUCAGGCAUAAUAAAAACUGCUCUACCAGACAUGAGCAGAGAAAACAGAGAGCACUAUCAGGUGGUUAUUCAGGCCAAGGACAUGGGCGGCCAGAUGGGAGGCCUUUCUGGAACAACCACAGUGAACAUCACCCUCACGGACGUCAACAACAACCCUCCUCGGUUUCCACAGAGUACUUAUCAAUUUAAUUCUCUGGAGUCUGCACCCCUUGGAACUCAUCUUGGAAGGAUCAAAGCCAAUGACCCGGACACUGGGGAGAAUGCUGAGCUGGAAUACAGUAUUUCAGAAGGAGAAGGAUCAGACAUGUUUGACGUGAUCACUGACAAGGAUACACAGGAAGGGAUCAUAACUGUCAAACAGAAUUUAGAUUUUGAAAAGAAAAUGUUAUACACUUUAAGAGUGGACGCAAGUAAUACCCACCCAGAUCCUCGCUUCUUACACCUGGGACCCUUCAAAGACUCGGCUAUGGUGAAGAUAUCUGUGGAGGAUGUAGAUGAACCCCCUGUAUUCAGUAAGCUCUCUUACUUAAUGGAAGUGGAUGAAGAUGUGAAGGAGGGAAGCAUCAUUGGACAAGUCACCGCCUAUGACCCGGACUCUAUGAACAACAUAAUAAAGUACUCUGUUGACCGACAUACUGAUAUGGAACGGGUUUUCAGUAUUCACUCAGAAAAUGGCUCUAUCUUCACUCUGAAGCCGCUGGACAGGGAAUCAUUCCCUUGGCACAACAUCACAAUUACAGCCACAGAGAUAAAUAACCCAAAACAAAGUAGCCAAAUUCCUGUCUUCAUCAGAAUUCUUGAUAUAAAUGAUCAUGCUCCGGAAUUUGCCAUGUACUAUGAAACAUUUGUUUGUGAGAAUGCAAAAUCUGGCCAGUUGAUUCAGACAAUAAGUGUCAUGGACAAAGAUGACCCUCCCAGAGGACACAAAUUCUUCUUUGAGGCAGUGCCAGAAUUUCCACUUAACCCAAACUUUACCAUUGUCGACAAUAAAGAUAAUACAGCAGGAAUCAUAACUCAAAAAGAUGGGUACAGCCGCUCCAAAAUGAACACCUAUCUACUGCCAGUUUUAAUCUUUGACAAUGAUUACCCUAUUCAAAGCAGCACCGGUACACUCACUAUCCGUGUGUGUGCAUGUGAUAACCAAGGAAACAUGCAGUCCUGCAAUGCAGAGGCCCUGAUGCUUGCUGCUGGCCUGAGCACUGGAGCGCUAAUUGCAAUUUUGCUUUGUGUCGUCAUCCUGCUCACUCUAAUCGUGCUGUUUGCUGCAUUGAAGAGACAACGAAAAAAGGAGCCUCUGAUCAUUUCCAAGGAUGACGUCCGGGAUAAUAUUGUGACCUAUAAUGAUGAAGGUGGUGGAGAGGAAGACACCCAGGCUUUUGACAUCGGCACAUUGAGGAACCCGGAAGCAAGAGAAGACAGCAAACAUAGAAGAGAUGUCAUGCCUGAAACUAUUUUCCAGAUAAGAAGGACUGUACCCUUGUGGGAAAAUAUUGAUGUACAAGAUUUCAUCCACCGGAGAUUAAAAGAAAACGACUCAGACCCAAGUGCACCUCCUUACGACUCCCUGGCCACUUACGCCUAUGAAGGGAACGAUUCUGUAGCCAAUUCGCUCAGCUCGUUAGAAUCUCUCACUGCUGAUUGUAACCAGGAUUACGAUUACCUCAGCGACUGGGGGCCUCGGUUCAAAAAACUCGCAGACCUCUAUGGGGGUGAUGACAGUGACCGCGACUGAGUCCUGUGUGGCUUGAACAACGUUAGUGGAAAUACCCUUUGAUACCAGAUUGAGUGGCCUGUUUUAUCCUUUUUUUGGAGGAAAUUUUUAACAACUCCAAUCAGUACAUAGUGUUGUCUUAGUAAGGCUUUGUUUAAUCGGUAAGUUUCUGUGAAUGAGUAUGAACGACAUAGAUUUUAAAACAGUAAUAAGAACAUUUCACCCUCUUUGCCUAUUGAGCUUGGAAAAAUAUAUCACAUUAAUAAUCAAUAAAACAAAAUCUUCAAAGGCUUUUUGUGCCUUGUCUUAGUAUAGGAAAUUUAUAAACGUUUUCUUAACUGGUUGUCAGCCACAUAUACUAUGAAAUUAUACAUUGUGCAGCAGCUUUGUAAAUUAAUUGAAAGAAAUAUACCUAAUGAUCUA